AUGCUAGGAUGGCUCUGCCUCCGCUCGCCGUCGGCCUUGAAGCGCUGGUCAUUGACUGGCAGCGGCGAUGCUAGGAUGGCGCUGCCUCCGCUCGCCGUCGGCCCUGAAGCGCCGGUCAUUGACUGGCAGUGGCGAUGCAUGUCGGACAUCACAAAGAGGGAGUUCGAUGCGCUUGCCGUGGACGGCAGCAACUACCUCACUUGGGCUACCGACGUCGAGAUAAAACUCGAUAGCAUGGGCCUCAAUCAUACCAUUGUCCAGCCUGAAGCUGGCAAGGAUGAACGCACAAAACCUGAUAAAGCAAAGGCGUUGCACUUUUUGCGACACCAUCUCCACCCAAACCUGAAGUCUGAGUACAUGACGGAGAGGGAUCCACUGGUUUUAUGGCAGUCCUUGAAGGAUCGCUUCAGCCAGCAGCGGUCGAUUAAGAUCACAGGCGCUGAUAUGAUCGAGAAAACUCUAUCCACCUUCCACCUCGGGAACAUUGUACUGCAGCAGCAAUACAGGAACUCAAAGUACACUAAGUACUCUGAGAUGAGCGAGGUAUUGUCUAUCGCUGAACAACAGAAUGAGGUUCUUAUGAACAAUCAUUCUGUCCAGCCCACUGGUUCCAUGGCUGUGCCUGAAGCACACGCCAAUGUUGCUGAGAGCUCUCGCAACCACAAAAAGGGCCGUGGAAAAGGGAAAUGGAAGGGGAACAGAGGUGCCAUUUUCAAAGGCAAAGGAAAGGGAAAGCCCAAGGGUAGAAUCGAAGCCAAGAAGGAUAAAGGUGACCAUAGCGGGGAGGAGCAAGGUGAAUGCUACAGAUGCGGGACAAAGGGACAUUGGUCCCGUAAAUGCCGCACCCCCAGGCACCUGGUUGACCUUUACCAGCAGAGCAAGAAAGGAAAAGGUCAACAUGAGUCCCACUUCACCACUAAGCCAGAAGCUCAGGAGCGCGACGACAUGAAUGUUGACGCAAGCGGUGGAGACGUCCGAAUGGGCGAAAAUGAGGACAGCCUUCUUGAUGACAUAGACGUAUUUGGGGACCUGCAGUAA